AGCUAGUAUUGUAGCUCCGACAUUGAUUUUUCGAUCGAUUUUAUGGCGAAUACAACUAUGGCUGCAGCGCAAAUAUUUGGUAUUAGCAGAAUGAGGCAGCAUCAAGCAGCACCAACUUUCAGGAUAAUGUGUUCCAAUACUGCUAAAGGUGCAGAGGAGUUUUCAAGAUUAGUUAACACAGGCUGCAAACUAGUAGGAUGCGGUUCUGCAGUACCAAGCCUGAGAGUUACCAAUAAUGAUCUUGCAAAAUUUAUUGAUACUAAUGAUGAAUGGAUAUCCACUCGGACAGGGAUACGUAAUCGUAGAGUUCUUUCAGGCAAAGAGAAUUUAACGGAUUUGGCUAUAGAGGCUGCGCAGAAAGCUCUUGAGAUGGCAGAAGUUGAUCCUAAAGAUGUUGAUCUAAUUUUGUUGUGUUCUUCAACUGGAGAUGACUGUUUUGGCGGUGCUCCAGUGAUCCAAAAAGCACUGGGCUGCAAACACAAUCCAUUGGCUUUCGAUAUAACAGCUGCUUGUAGCGGGUUCUUAUUGGGUUUGUUUUCUGCUUCUUGCUACAUCAAAGCUGGUGGUUUUAAGAAUGUCCUUGUAGUUGGGGCUGAUGCUGUUUCUCGUUUUGUUGAUUGGACGGAUAGAGGUUCUUGUAUUCUCUUUGGUGAUGCUGCUGGUGCUGUACUUGUGCAGGCCUGUGAUAUCGGAGAAGAUGGCUUGUUUGGUUUCGACUUGCAUAGUGAUGGUGAUGGUAAAAGACACUUGAUUUCUACUUUCAAAGAGAAUGAAACAGAUGAUGCAUCAAGUGAAAAUCCUUCCACGACUAGUUUUCCGCCCAAGUGUUCCUCUUAUUCCUACCUCCAGAUGAAUGGCAGAGAGAUUUUCAAGUUUGCUGUUCGCGUAGUACCACAAUCAAUCGAAGCAGCUUUAGAGAAAGCAGGUUUAGCUGGCUCUAAUAAUUUCGAUUGGUUGCUCCUUCAUCAGGCAAACCAAAGGAUUAUAGAUGGUGUAGCAACUCGGUUAGAGGUUCCAUCAGAGCGCGUGAUAUCAAAUGUGGCAAAUUAUGGGAAUACUAGUGCUGCAUCGAUUCCCUUAGCGUUGGAUGAAGCUGUUCGGGGCGGGAAGGUGCAGCCAGGCCAUGUCAUUGCUGCUGCUGGAUUUGGAGCUGGCCUUACAUGGGCUUCUGCAAUAUUCAGAUGGGGAUGAAUGCUGCUUUGA